AAGUUGGCGCAAUUGCGGAAAGAAAUUAUUUCAUUGGAGGAAGUAGAACAAGCUAGUGUGUAAACAGGAAGAUCAUGUAAGCUGUGUCACAAAAGCAAACAACGAAAUUUUAGCUGUAGUUUAUAGUUAACUGGUUAAUAUUAAUCUCAUACAAUAAUAACUUGUCAAUAAUAAAGUAUGGCGGAGUCAAACGGGAUGACAGAUGUCCAGUUGAUUCAGCAGCUGGCUUUGCUGGGCUGGCUGAAGACCGACAGUGUGCAGUGUAAAGAGCUGUACACUGCUGUCACUGGGAUGCAGGUGGCCCGUGAGGUUCUGGACAGACUCUCUGGGCAAAGCCAAAUAGAUGCUUACAGGAGGGAAUGCAUCCUGAGUGUAGCUGACUUUGUGAAGAAGAACCCCAGAGCUUCCCAACGAGAGCUCAAUGCCGAGGUUGAGAAGAACGUGCUGCUGUUUGCCUCUAGAGUGCAGGCUCUGUAGAUACUGGCCACUGAACGAAUCGCUGCAGCCGUGACCUUCAUUGUUCCUACUGACCAAAAUAUCUCCUUUUUUUCUUUCUGCUUUUAUCUUUAUGUAUUUUGUCUUUAUCUAAACUAAUAUGCUUGUUUUUCAUAAUCUCGAAUAAUUAUUUUUGAGUCAGUGAGUCUUUAUAGUAAUGCUGAAUUUUACCUAUUUUACAUGAUUUCAAAUGUACUGUUUCUGUAAUAUUCACAUAAAGUUAGACUAUACAUAACAUAUAGUCACUUAUCACUUAAAACUUGAGUUUUUAUAUUUAAAAGAUGAUAUUUUAAUCUUAUAUUUCAAAUCUGAAAUAAAGGUGCUCAUAUUUGAUGUCAUGUGUGUCAUCAAAGUGCAUUAUACAUAAUGUUGAACAAUGACUAAUUAAUUUACAGUAGUGUGAAGGCCAGUUUUGAGAGCACUGAUUUUAACACAUAGAUGACAAAGAAAGACAAAGAGAACUGUCAGGUGGAUGAAGCGACAAGAGAGGAAAAAUAAGAGGACAGAGACAGACUCCAUAAUGAGCUAUCACUAUAUUCAUCACACAGCACCUGUGAUGAAUUACAUUAUGCUGAUCACACUUCUCAGAUCUCUUGAUGACUUUAAAGACAGUGUAGCACUCAGCCCAAACCGAUGAUUAGCGCUGCUGCUUUUGGAAUAAUACAAACGCAAGACAUGGCUUUCGCUGUCUUUUUGGUUUUGCGACCACGGUUGCCAAUACACUUGUCUUCCAAUGAGGACAAAGUUUAUGAAUAAAAUACUGCACACUCUUUUGAUAUAGCGCUUGUCUGUCUCCACUGCACCUGGGCACUUACAAGCAAUGACCAGUACUCUAAUGAUGGGGAAUACAGUCUUAUGAGCUGGCAACCAAGAUGAAAGGCAAGGGUGGGCUGGUCAGAGAGAACAAAGCAAUGUCGUCUCAGCCAUCUAAGCACAUCUCACAAUAGAAAGAGAGUACCAUGGCUAUAUUUUUGUCUGUCAACAUCAAACAAAGCAAUAUUUUAAUGUCAGUAAAGCAACAAGCAAAUGGUGGUCUGUCAGUUGUUUAAAGCUUUUAAAUUGUACUUGUUGGAUGUCCUUGAAGUUGUAUUUUCAGAGAGACUGUAAUGGGGUAGGGGUGAUUUGUGAGUGUUUAGGUAUUUAUCAUGACAGUCCUUGAAGAACAAAUUACCAUGGUAAGCAUAAUUUGCACCAAAAUGCCAUUACUACUGUUUUCUCUCUUUUUUAAUAGCAUUUAUGUUACCAAAAUGUUAUUGCAGUAACAUUAGUUAUGGCCUUCUACAUGAAUAACAACAAUACCAGUUAAAAUGCAAAGUGAUGUCAAGGUGAUUAAAAAAAUAUAUGUAGGCCUACAUUUCGAAGAUUUACAAUGAACCUCUUCGACAGCAACUGUUGAUUGCUAUAAGAUCAUUUUCUGUUUACAAUGGAAAUAAAUGUAAAUUAAGUCCGCCUUCCAAUGUCGCCUCUCUGAAGAUUAUGAUUGAGGGCUCGAUGCCUGAAAUCUAAGCGUUUUGUGUCUCAAAACCUAUUGACCUGCCAGUAUAUAGACUUGUCACCAAGCGCGCUCCGAUCCUGUGUUUCUUUUGUGAAUUAACAAAUCUUUUAAAUGAACAAAUCAUUAAUUCUCGUUUACUUCCAUACUCAUACUAAUAUUUUUCGUUCACUAGUCUCUCCCAUUUGAAUCUCGUUACAAUUUCAUGACCGACUAUAGACAUGCGCCAGAGAAACAAGCGCGCCGCCAUCUUUAUAAAAUUGACUUUGAACUUCCGUUUUGCGGUAGCUAUGUACAUUUAUGGCAUCACUGUCAAAGAAAUAAUUAGCUGGUUAAGUGGAUUUGCAUGUUGUAGAGUCAAUGAAUGUUAUCAUGAGCAUUGUAAUGUUUAAAGCAGAUGUCUUAACAAAUGUCAGUAGAACGGGAAGAUUUUAAAACGAGCAGUUCAUUCAUAAAUAUGUAAGAUUGCUGUGGAAAUACAAAUCGGAAGUCAAAAGACAACGAGCGCGACGCUGAAAAGGGGCGGGGCUACAUAAGGUCGCACGAGUGAAUAGUUUUGGGAAGGAUGAAUCAUUGGUUCGACCUACUGAACGAAUAGUAGCCUAUUUAGAAAUAUUUAAGUAGGCUUCUUUUGUUCUCUUUUUCCUAUAGCUUGAAAAAAACUGUAAAAAAUAGGGGAAAUGUGUAGACAGCAGUUAUAAAAAACGCUUAUAUGCCUAUUGCUUAUCCUCAGUUGACUCUUUUAGAAGACAUGUGAAUAAAAGAUAAGACUUGAUUCAGUAAAGAAUCGGUUGAGUGAGUGAUUUAGUGAUUCAUAACACACCAACAGACUGCCUCCUACUGGCGUAAGUAUGAAGAAAAGACCACCGAAGGAAUUAGUCAAAUAAUCUUUUUAGGAUUUAAAGGAUUCUCAGUGGAAUGAAUAAAAAUCCCUACAGCUGAUACCUAGAUAGGCUGCUCAGCUCAUUACCUUUUGACAUCUCUCUCUCUCUCUCUCUCGCUCUCUCUCUCCCUUCCUCCCUUUUUGUCACUACUCCUUAGCUGCAUCAUUCAAUCACGCACUGCCAAGGAUUCACACUUGCCAUGAAUAAAUGGCGCCUUUCAAGUUUAGCUUAACGUUUCCACCACUUUCGUUUCUUUUAACUCGCUCCAGUAACACAGUGAGAUUGUGGUGACACCAACGGUGCUCUUCAUCAAAUAUCUAUAACAUAAGCUGGCUCAAGAAUGAUUUCACAUCAAGACCACAACAUUAUCACUGACUGGUGCGGCACCAGCUAUACUUGGAUAGCGAGAUGGGGAAAGAUAACAAUCUUGCGCUUGCCUGCCUACUGUUACCUGCUAACCCAAAAGGUGUAUCUUGAGGUCUUAUUUCCUGAACCAUGUGUCAUUUUACCUGAUAACCCUGCUUUUUACGAUGGUCUCUGUCUCAGUGCCACUGGAGAAAGUGAUGCAGUUAUGAAUCCAGCAGAAUGUUAAUGGACAUGAAGAACUUUGUCCAGUACACGAUUGUCCUUCAUUUUUGAACUGUAUCUGCAAACAAGAGCAACAUAUGGUUUUCAUGUGACUCUACACCUCUUCUAAAGCCCUCUGUGGUGACGUUUAUGUGUGUGUUUUGAAAGUGAGUGUGUGAGAGAGAUUUUUCUCGUGUCUGUGUUAGUGGCUGUGCAUGUUUGCCUGUUCUUGUCAUUUCCUGCUGGUGAUCAAGUCAUGCCACGUGGAAGAGAUGUCAGCAACAGCUGUUGCCUCCCACUGCACCUGAAUGAAGACAAUGCCCGUUUUGGCUUGUUGGCAGCCCUCAUCCUCCUCUACCUGCUGUGUGGGGCGGUGGUGUUCUCCGCUCUCGAGCAUCCCUCUGAGCUGCAGGCUCACAAGCGCUGGGAGGAACAGUUGGCCAACUUCACAGAGCAAAACAGCAUAAACCUGAAAUCACUGCAGGUCCUGCUAAGGCAAUAUGAGGAGGCCUUUGUGGCUGGGAUCCGUGUGGACAAACUUAGGCCCCGCUGGGAUUUCUCAGGGGCCUUCUACUUUGUUGGUACAGUGAUCUCCACUAUUGGCUUUGGCAUGACCACACCCGUCACCGUUGCGGGUAAGAUCUUUUUGAUAUUCUAUGGACUCCUUGGAUGUGCAGCAACAAUCCUCUUCUUCAACCUCUUCCUGGAGCGCAUCAUUACGAUGUUGGCCUACAUCAUGCGCUGGUGUCACGAGCGGCAACUGCGCCGCUCCGGCGUGGGAGGAGAGGAGGCCAGGAGCGAGGAUGACAGUCUGGAAGGCUGGAAACCAUCGGUCUACUACGUAAUGCUCAUUCUGGGCAUCGCAGCCCUGCUGAUUGCAUGCUGCGCGUCUGCGUUGUACUCUGCCAUGGAGGACUGGGACUACUUUGAAUCCUUGUACUUCUGCUUUGUGGCCUUCAGCACCAUUGGCUUCGGGGAUGUAGUGAGCAGCCAACGGGAAAGUUAUAAAGCUCAGGAGGCCUACCGUCUCGGCAACUGCCUCUUCAUCCUCAUGGGUGUGUGUUGCAUUUAUUCCCUGUUUAAUGUCAUUUCCAUCAUCAUCAAGCAGACGCUCAACUGGAUCCUUGGCAAACUGGACUGCAACAAGGCUCAGUGUCCCUGCCGUGGCCGUCCGUAUAGACGGCGAGGUCGGGCCUGCUGUUGCUGCUGCUUCCCACGUAUUCCCAACCAGCGGCACAACCACCACCCUCCACCGGGAAAUUCUUGGCAGAGGGCUCAAAAACGCAAUGCCGUGCAUCCUGCACCGGCUAACGAAGCAUCGGGAAAGCGCUUCACUAAUGCAUCAGUGGAAACAGUUUGUGAUAGUGAGACUGAAGCUGGCUUAGGACCAGAUGGAGGUUAUCUGACAGGGCGCAGACUGUCUGGAGAAAUGAUCUCAGUCAAUGACUUUAUGGCCAACAAGGUUUCUUUGGCCAUUCUACAGAAGCAACUCUCAGAGACCGCUCACGGUAAUCCAAGACAGAGUCAUGUUCGCCAGAACGGCUUCUCUGGUGGAGUGGGCGCAUUUGCUAUCAUGAAUAACCGCCUUCAGGAGACAAGUGUUGACAGGUAGCUCGGUUAUACAAAGAUGACAUUGGAUAUUGCACAUUAAUUGUAUAUAAAGAUAUACAGGAUUUAAUCAUGACUUUCAGUUCAGGGUUGAGUACCAUUCAGAACUGAAUUAAGAAAGGCUUUAAAAUUCAUAAUUGUAGUUCAAAUUUGAAUUUAAUUAAUAAUUAGUAUAUUUAAUUAAUAAUUAAAUAAUUAAAAUGAUUUGAAAUUGAUAAUGCUAAUUUAUAUGACUAAUUUUUAACUACAAAAGCAUAGUUUAGGUUUCUUAAAGAGUUAGUACACCCAAAAAUUAAAAUUCUGUUAUUUACUCACCCUCAUGUCAUUGCAAUGACCUUAUGUCUCACACGGGAUGAAGAGGAUUAAUCUAAUCUAAUGUCGUUUCAACCACAUAAGACUUUCGUUCAUCUUUGAAACACAAAUAAAAAUAUUUUUUAUGAAUAAUUUUCUUAUGUGAAUAAAAGCCUAAAUUCAGUCAGUUCAUCAUAUAAAGCGAUUGUGUCUCUUCCGAAGACUUGGGUUAAACCACUCAAUUCAUAAGGAUUACAUUUACAAUGUUUUGAUGAAUUUUUUAAUUCAUCAAAGUUUUGGUAACUUUCAACAGGAGGAACAGAAAUCUCUCAGGUUUCACUGAACAAAUCUUCAUAUAUAAUAUAUAAUGAACAAAAAGUCUUUUAGGUUUGGAACGACACAAGAGUGAGUAAUGACAGAAUUUUCUUUUUUGGGUGAAUCUCUUUGAGACAAACAUUGACUAGAUAGAUAUGUUUGAAAUGCCACCUAUAGAAAUUCUAAGCUAAAUGGUAUUUAAUUGAUAUAUUUCAGCAUAUUUAGUAAACUAUUGAGUACUAUUGAGGAGCAAUUGAGAAACACUUAAUUUCCCAAAAUUCAUUUGCUUUGUUAAAUUUUUUUUUUUGAAGUCCAAUUCUAUAAAAUUCUUCUUUUUGUCAUUUAAAAUUAGAUUCAAAUUCCUGUGGAAUUUUGGAUAAUUCAAUUAUAAUUCACACUGACUAAAGGACAGACAAUUUUUCAGUUCUGAAUUAUUCCCAACCCUGAUUCCAUACUGUUCACUGGGGAUUAAGAUCUCAGAGGUUUAAGUAUUUAUUGCAUGCAAUUAAAGAUGUAAAUUGUA